UACAGAAAACUCUCUCUGUCUCUUGGUGAUCCUGUCUUGUCGCUGGCAAUCUGCAGUGGAAUCGAACGGUCUCGACAGGAGAGGGUUAGAACACACACAAAUAAAAAACGCCACGUUACAUCGAGGAUGAUAGCUGCUCAUCUUUUAGCGCAUUACUUCGUAGAACUGAAAGAUGAUCAAGUACAAAAGGUCAACAAAUACCUCUAUCACAUGCAGCUGUCAGAUGAGCAACUACAUGAAAUAUCCAAGCGCUUUCUAACAGAGAUGAAGAAAGGUCUCAGGAAAGAUACCAAUCUAACGUCAUCCCUUAAAAUGCUGCCCAGUUUUGUUAGAUCAACUCCUGAUGGGACAGAGAGUGGAAACUUCCUGGCCCUUGACUUGGGAGGGACUAACUUCCGUGUGCUGAGAGUGAAAGUUUCAGACAAUGGCAAGCAAAAUGUGGAGAUUGAGAAUCGGAUUUGUGCCAUUCCAGAGGACAUCAUGCAUGGCACUGGCUCUCAGCUGUUCGAUCACAUUGCUAACUGCCUGGGAGAUGUGAUGGAAGAACUGAACAUCAAGGAUGAAAAGCUUCCUCUGGGCUUCACGUUUUCCUUUCCCUGCAAACAAUCCAAGCUGGAUGAAAGUAUUUUGGUUAAUUGGACGAAAGGCUUCAAGGCAAGCGGUGUAGAGGGACGAAACGUGGUCGGAUUACUGCGUACAGCUAUCCAGAAGCGAGGGGAUUUUGAUAUCGAUGUUGUUGCCGUGGUGAAUGACACUGUGGGGACCAUGAUGUCUUGUGGUUAUGGCGACCACAACUGUGAGAUAGGAUUAAUUGUUGGCACCGGCACAAAUGCUUGUUACAUGGAGGAGAUGCAACACAUUGACCUAGUCGAGGGAGACGAGGGGAGGAUGUGUGUCAAUAUGGAGUGGGGUGCAUUCGGUGACCUGGGAGAACUGGACGACAUUAGAACAGAUUUUGACAAGGAGAUUGACAGGGGGUCCAUCAAUCCUGGGAAACAGCUGUUUGAGAAGAUGAUCAGUGGAAUGUACAUGGGCGAGCUUGUUCGAGUUAUCUUGGUGAAGAUGGCGAAGGACGGACUGCUGUUUAGGGGAAAGAUCACACCAGAACUACUCAUCAAAGGCCACUUUGAAACCAAAUACGUCUCGGCAAUUGAAAAGGACAGUGAUGGACUGCAGAAGGCAAAAGAGAUUUUAACUAAACUGGGUCUGGAGCCGACAGCCGAUGACUGUGCUGCAACAAAACGAGUCUGUAGCAUUGUGUCGACCCGAUCAUCGAAUCUCUGUGCUGCCACACUGGCUGCUGUCCUGAGACGGAUCAAAGAAAACAAGGAUGUCGAGAGACUGCGGACUACAAUUGGUGUGGAUGGAACCGUGUACAAAAAACAUCCACAGUUUGCCAGGCGGCUGCAAAAGGCAGUGAGAAGGUUGGUCCCUAACUGUGAAGUUCGUUUCCUGCCCUCUGAAGACGGCAGUGGGAAAGGUGCUGCUAUGGUAACAGCAGUCGCCUACAGACUCGCAAAGCAACAGAAAAUGAGAGAGGAGAUUUUGUCAGCCUUUAACUUGAGCGAUGAUCAGCUGCUAGAGGUGAAGAGACGGAUGAUAGUCGAAAUGGAACGUGGCCUGAAGAAAGAAACUCACUCCACUGCUACUGUGAAAAUGUUGGCAACUUACGUGCGGGCUACGCCAGAUGGAACAGAGAAUGGAGAUUUCUUGGCACUGGAUCUUGGUGGUACAAAUUUCCGUGUGCUUCUCGUGAAGGUCCGGGGUGGGAAGCGUCGAAAUGUGGAAAUGCACAACAAGAUCUACACCAUCCCUCUGGAUGCUAUGGAAGGGACGGGCGAGGAGCUCUUUGAUCACAUCGUUCACUGUAUUGGUGAUUUCCUGGAGUAUAUGGGGAUGAAAGGCUGUAGGCUUCCACUUGGAUUCACCUUCUCUUUUCCGUGUGAACAAAGGAACUUGGAUCAGGGAAUUCUUUUAAAAUGGACCAAGGGAUUCAAAGCUACUGGUUGCGAAGGUGAAGAUAUUGUUGACCUCCUUCGAGAAGCCAUCAGGAGAAGAGAGGAGUUUGACUUGGAUGUUGUGGCGAUUGUUAAUGACACGGUCGGAACAAUGAUGUCCUGUGGCUAUGAUGAUCCCCAGUGCGAAGUUGGUCUCAUUGUAGGAACAGGGUGCAAUGCCUGUUACAUGGAGGAAAUGAGGAAUGUGGAGAUGGUUGAAGGAGACGAAGGACGGAUGUGCGUUAAUACGGAGUGGGGAGCAUUUGGUGACAAUGGUUGCCUAGACGACAUCAGGACUGAAUUUGACAUGGAAGUGGAUAAGCUUUCACUGAAUCCUGGGAGGCAGAGUUAUGAAAAGAUGAUCAGUGGGAUGUAUUUGGGAGAGAUUGUCCGUAACAUCCUAAUCAAGUUCACAAAAGAAGGUCUACUGUUUCGAGGGAGGAUCUCAGAAAGACUCAAGACACGAGGCAUCUUUCAAACCAAAUUCCUGUCUCAGAUCGAAAGCGACCGACUGGCAUUGCUUCAGGUCCGUACCAUCCUGCAGCAGUUGGGUCUCCAGAGCACCUGCGAUGACAGCAUCAUCGUUAAGGAGGUGUGUGGGGUGGUCUCCCGUCGGGCAGCUCAGCUCUGCGGUGCUGGAUUGGCAGCUAUCGUUGACAAGAUCAGGGAGAACCGUAGCCUGGACACCCUCAAGGUCACUGUUGGGCUGGAUGGGACGUUGUACAAACUGCACCCACACUUCUCUACGAUAAUGCACGAGACUGUCGAACGCCUGUCCCCCAAGUGCCAGGUGACGUUCCUGCAGUCAGAGGAUGGCAGUGGCAAGGGAGCGGCUCUGAUCACUGCAGUCGCCUGUCGCAUCCGAGAGGCUGGCCAGCACUAAAAAUACUAACUUGCAUAUGAAGGAUGCCGAAUGGAAGUUGCUACCUCCCAUGCUUAACCUCGACCAAGAUGUUGAUACUGAUUCCAAUGUGACCUGUCGCCUGCUCUUUGCUGAGAGGAGCUGAACAUGACUAUGACAUUGCAGUUGCUAUUUUUAAGAGAACUGAACUAAUUCUGUAAAUAAGUUAUUAAUAUUUCAGAUCCACACUUGUUAAGGAAGGGAAAGGGCAGUGUGAAGUGUGAUUAAAAAGAUAAGUCAGUACUGGAGGUGAAGAAUAUUACUAAGGUAGUUUAUUUCAGAAAUUUAAAAAGAAGUUGUUCUGUAGUUCCUGCUGAUGCACAUUUGUUGUGAAUGUAAAUAUGCCAUCUACAGAUUCAGUAGAUUAGGAAGCUUUUGUGAACAGGCUCUCAAGUUGCAAGUUGCACCGGCUCUCCUUGUUGUCUAAUGCAAGUUGUUGGGCCAGAGAAGACUGGUAGCUAAUCUCCUAGAUGUGUUCCAUUCUCAUCUGUUUACAUUAACAAAUUGAAUUGAGUAUUUGCCCACUUGGCUCUGACUUUGCUGUGUUAAAAUGUCAUUCAUGGAAGCAAGAGCCACAGAAGAAAUCUGAAGUUGCCAUUAAGUUUGGACAUCAGCUGUCAUGAGCCUUUAACUUCAUAGGCAGUGAGAAAGUUUAUACUUUUGGCAGAAAGAGUGACUAAUAUUGCACCGACUAUCGGUUAGGUCACCUUAAUUUUGCACAGGUUUACAAAAUUAAUGACUCACACACUUUUGAAUAUGCCGCCAUGCAAAAAAUGGUGGGGACAAAGAAAUUUUCUGUGACACCCUGACAUUUUCUGUUGGGUAAGGUUAGAAGUUCAAGCAUAUUUGUAAAGUUGGUACAAAUCUGUAAAUAACGGGGAUGAGCACUAUUUAAAAUAUUACUUGUAUCUUAAGAAUAUGCAGAACAUUUUAAUGGGGAAUCAAGUUAGCAUUGCCAUCAGCUUGACUCAGAUUUCAGCUUCUCUAUUACAACCACGGUACAUUUCCAUGGAACUGCAGCUAAUGUGGAGGUACUUAGAUUGUACUUAUGCAUGCAAUGGGUUACCACUGAAUCACUUGUAGAAUUUGAGAAUUGCAACUUUUCAAUUCUAGUGGAUUAUUUCUGGGUCAAAACAGUGUCCCAGCUAUGCAAGGCUUCCACAUGGAGUUGGUUUCUACCAUUGUGACCAAUUAACUUUUGAUAUUUGGUGAUAUAUUUGGUGAAAGCAUCUUUGAAAUUCAAUAACCUGUUUUUUUUAAUUUAGAAGAAGUAUACAUGUAUUUUUAUACUGAAGUGAAAUCAUGGUUAAUUUUUUGCACAGGGGAUGUAUGACGUAUGGUACUGAAAUAUUAUCACUGGAACCAGCUUGUAUUGAGCUUGGUGUAAACUCUGUUAAGUUUGUACACUGUUAUUGAAGUAAAAUCCGGUCUGUAUGUAGUAACUCAGCACACACAAUACUACCUGCAUGGGAAACAUGCUAUCAUUACAUUUUUGUGAAAACUUGACAACAAUUCCAACAAAUUGAAUUUUGUUUUUUUUUUAAUCUGGUGCUGGUUGUGGGUACAAAGAAGAUGCAGGUUACUAGGGAUAGUUGAUUAGAUAAUGAUUCAACCUUGGUCAGUUUGCCUGUCCAAGGAACCUUGGUAUAUUUAUUUAAUACAAGUGAGAUAGGAGAUAUUCUCCAUUUAUAUAAGAAGUGAUAUCUGUUGCUGGUUGGUUUGAGUUGUUCUCUGAUCUAGGCAAAUCAUUUGCAAACAUUUUGUCACCACACGAGGAGACAUCAUCAGUGUGCUGUUCACUUUUGAUGUGUCCUUCGAAUGGUUGGCUUUUAUACACUUAACAAUCAAUUGAUUGGUCGUCAUUAUGGAUACUCAAUUAUGUUUAUAAACCAAUGCGGGCAAAAUUCCAGACAACAGACAGAGUUCGCCAUGCAACUAAUCAGUGACGAGACCCCCUCCCUAUGUCACUAUUGAGUUUCCAUAAUGACAACCACUCUACUGAUUGGUAAGUACAUAAAAGCCAAGCACUCGGAGGGCACACCACAAGUGAACAGCACGCUAAUGAAAUGUUCCGAAUGGUGCCGAGACAUUUGUAGAUGGAUUGCCAAGAUCGGAGAACAAUCGCAACCCAACCAUCAACCACCCGGGCUACACAUUUUCCGAGUUAUUUCCAAAAUCUGUUGAUUCAUACAGAUGAUUGAGUUCAGCCUCCUAUUAUUGUCAAACUUCUCUUGAGCUUCUCUCCACAAAUUGGCCUGCACAACCACGAUAACUUACUGUGCUGUGACUAAUGGAGAAGCAGUAAGAUUACAUUAGUGAGCAGGAGGUAAUGCUGAGGUUCAUGCUGUAUUCUCAUCUGUAUAAAAAGUGGCUGGUGAAAGGUGGAGUGAAUGAAAUCUAAACAUUAAUUGGAUACAUUGGAUUGCAUUGGAGAUCAAAGCCUGUCAGGCCUUUUCCACCCUGGUCACUUUGCUUUCCUUCCUGACCUACUGCUCAGUAAUUUUGUGCCUGAUGGAACAUCAGUAUAUGUGUCACCACCAUUUCAAUUAUUUCGAACCAAAGAUUGUUCAGAAGAUGAAAGUGAAACUUGUCAUAUGAAAUGCACUCCAGCUUGUCCAUGAAUGAUGGAAAAAAGUCAUUAGGUCUUCCACCCCUGAAUAUCCAUCUUGAGGUACUUUUACUCUUUCAUAUUAUUUUGCUCUAAGGAUUUGUUCAUUGUCUUGCAGAUGGCUGAUAAUUUGUCUUUGUUAUUUUUUGAUUGAAACAGCACCACCUUCUCAGUUUACAUGUGCUGAAUGCUGAAGGAGAGUACAAAAUUCGCCCUUUCAGUAUUCUUUCUGCAGGAAAGUUACAGAAGGGAAGCUGAAACAUAAGAGAUUCUGCAGAUGCUGGAACUCCAGAGUAACACACACAAAAUGCUGGAGGAACUCAGCACAUCAGGCAGCAUUGAAGGAGAGCAAUAAAGAGUCGACGUUUUGGGCCAAGACCCUUCCUCAGUACAUCCUGAUGAAGCAUCUCAGCCUGAAAUAUCGACUCUUUAGUCCUUUCUGUAGAUCAGUGGUUCCAUAGAAUCCUGCCAUUAACCAAAGUGGUUGUGGACCCAGGUUUGAAAACCUCUGAGAGAUGCUGCCUGACCUGCAAAUGGUUUUGAGGGUCAUUUCAUACCUUUUAAACCUCUUGGAGGAAGUAUUACUGCCCUAAAUGUAUUGUUUCAAUUGUAUUCUUAACCACUGCUUAUGUGACAUUGGGAGUCCAGUACAGGGAAAGAAACAAAGACAAAAAUUAAUAAGUUUCUUGAAUUGAGUGGAUGCUGGAGAUUUUAAAUUUAGUAGUGCGCUAUUCUGUAAAAGAAUAGGAAGGGAGUUGUAUUUGGGGUUGUAUCCUUAGAUUUGGAUUGUACCAGUGAUACAAUUGUUGCGGAAGGCAUUGGUCAUCCACUUUGGUAGAAAGAAAAGGCAAGUUUCUUUUUUUCAAGAGAUGUUGAGACCAAAGAUGCGGGUGAAGGAACACUUUACUGAAGGAACUCAGUAGGAUAAGCAAUAUUUGUUGGUGGGGGAGGGGGAAGUAAAGAAUUGUUGACAUUUGGUGCCGAAACCAUUCAUUGGGACUGAGAGUGAAGAGGCGAGACGGCCAGUAUGAAGAGAAGGGGAAUGACGAGAAACGAGUAUGAGGUGAUUGGUGGGAUCGAGAGGGCUGCAAGAUGACAGGAAGGUUGCGUCAGGAAGUGGAAGAGAACAGGGGUGGAGAUUGCAGACAGUGGCAGGUAAAUGAGAGACGGAGGGAGGCAAAGGGAGAAUUAAAUUAGAGGCAGAUGAAGCAAGUUGAGGUGGGGGGGGGGAGAGUGAAGGGUGGAGACUUCUGAUUUCACUCACUAAGCUCCCUUCACAAUCCAACAGGACCUCCUAACUCUGAGAUAUUGGGCAGAGAAUGAUUUAAUGAAAGACCUCCCAAGGACUAUUUACCCUCUAUAUCAUUGUGAUUCGAUCAUUGUCUGAUCGGAUUUUGACUUUGAUUUACUGUUCUUUCUUUAGAGCUAAUUAAUUUAUGAAAUUUGACCAUUGGAUUUGAACUGAUUUCACCUGAAACAAGGUUUAUCGGGUCUAUUUAAAAGUUUCCAUUGAUCAUACUUUUGUCUUGAACUUGAUAGCAACUCCCACACUCAGCUCCAUGUGUAAGCUUUUGACUGAUAUUGAUCAAAAUAGGAUUAUAUUACUGAAAUCAGUUGUGUUAUCACAUUUGACUUUUGCACUUUUAUAAUGUACAUCUGAAGUAAAAUAGACACAGAAAAACAGAAAUAGACCAUUUUACUCUUUAAACCUGGUCCAUUGUUCGUUACAAUCAUAUCUGAUCCUGACUGGAUCUCCGUUGGUACACAUGCCAAUGACUGCUAAUGCAGCAUACUUAAGUUCUACCAGGCCAACAUUAGAUAUAGACCAUAAGGCAUUAGUGCAGAAUUAGACCAUUCAGCCCACUGAGUUUGCUCUACUAUUCCAUCAUGGCCAAAUUAUUAUCUCUCCCAAUCCCAUUCUCCUGCCUUCUUCCUGUACGUUUGAUGUCCUGUCUAAUCACGAAUUUAUCAAGCUUCUCUUUAUUUACGUCCAAAGACUUGGCCUCCACAGCUGCCUGUGGCAAACUCAUCACCCUCUGGCUAAAGAAAUUCCUCCUCAUCUCUGUUCUAAAGGAAUAUCCUAUUCUGAAGCUGUGCCCUCUGGUCCUUGGCUAUCCAUAUCCACUAUAUCUUAGACUUUCAAUAUUUGAUAAGUUUCAAUAUCAAAGUACAUUUAUUAUCAAAGUCUGGAUACAUCAUACAAUCUUGAGAUUUGUUUCCUUACAGGCAGCCACAAAACAAAGAAAGCCCAAAAUAAUCCAUUAAAAAAAUCCAUCAAACACCUAAUGCGCAGAGAGAAAAAAAAUCAUGCAAACAAUAAAAGUAACCAAAUAGCAUUCAGAACAGAAGUUUUAUGAAAGACGCAAAGAUAGGCAUCACUGCAGCUAGACCAGGCCACAGCUCAGUUCACUGUAGUGCCAAGUAAGUUUUGUGUAUGAACAGACUAACUGAUGCUGAUAACUGGGAGUUGUUACCAACUACAGGGUCGUCAAGUCCCAGUCAGUGAAAUUAGGAAAGUUUGUGUCCAGCACAAGACUAGCCCCCAGGCAGACCAUAACGGGUGCAGUCUGGCACAUUCACUCCAAAGCCAAGAAAAACAGAGCAAUAGUGGGAAAUGGGGAAAGGUUAGUGGAUGUACAGAAGUUAUAUUUGAAUUUGGAAAUGGUGUGUGUGUUAAGGUCUGCUUCUAGCUUGGGUCAACUGUAUUUCUCAGAACCUUGAACAGUAUAUCUUUCAGAAUCUUACCAAGGUAAGAUGCUGUGGGUUAAAGAGUAAGCCUAAGUUAGAAUUGGCUCAUCCCAUGCAGUUAUGAAAACGGGUUACUGUGUCCGUACUGACUACCAAGUGAGUCUAAUUCCAAUGCCCAUUCCCCUUCCUCUUGUGCCAUAAUGAGGCCAUCCUCAGGGAGGAGAACAAAUUUUUUUUGUUUAUUCUAUCUGGGUAGUUUUCAACUGGAAGGCAUGAAUACUGAUUUCGCCUUCUGGUUAAAAAAAAUUCCCUCCCACUCCCUUCUUCUUCUAUUUCCCACUCUGGCCUCUUGCCUCUUCUCAUCUGCCUAUCACUUCCCCUCAGAUCCCCUCCUCCUUCCUUUUCUCCAAUGGUGCACUCUUCUGUCCUUUCAAGUUCCUUCUCCUAUAGCUCUUUCCCUUUCCUACCCAGCUGGCUUCACCGAUCACCUUUUAGCUAUCCUCCCUUCCCCUUCCCCUUCCUUUCCAGUCCUGAAGAAUGGUCUCAGCCCGAAACUUCGACUGUUUGUUCAUUUCCGUAGAUGCUGCCUGAGCUACUGAGUUCCUCCAGCAUUUUAUGUGUGUUGCUUUGGACUUCCAGCAUCUGCAGAAUUUCUCAUCUUUAAUAUUUCAAUGAAACUGCUGGAUUUUUUAUUUGUAAAUCAAACCUAUGUGAAUAGACCUAUAAUGUAGCAAUUCUAAGAUGUGUUUUUUUAAAAGAAACCCAAAUCUUUGUUAUAUUUCAUUACCAACAACAGAUGAUUUCACAAAAUAACUGCUCCUUCCUGGCACGUUUAAACCAUAUCCAUUGCACAGCCUCUGUAAAAGCAAUAAACGAUUGCAUCCCAGAUGUGGGUGUUGUUUUGGGAGCUUUGAGUGUGGAAUCACAAUACAAACCAGCUGGAAAUUAUGCAAUAGACCCGACCUAUGCAUGAAAAAUCAUGAUACUGUGUGUCAUUAGGCAACAUUAAUAUUUAUUAACAUUUAUUUAUUUUGAUUACUAAUGCAAUAGAGCAAGUCAGUUAUUUUUAUAUAGGACAUGCACUGUUUCCAAGGCUGCUAUUACUGUUAAACUGGGUUUUUACUCUCUGCUGGAUUAAUGUUUAGUUGCAAAUUAAAUAUAUUUCUCA